GCGGAUCAGGCGCAGGUUUAUGACGUAUGUGACGCGCCAGGACGUGAUGUAAACAUGGCUGAAGGCGGCAGUACGAAGGCUAUGAACGAAAACGUGCCUGUUUAUGAACACGUCGAAGUGAAUACUAAAGCAUUUCACAUCGGGAGCUUUAGAGAUUUAUGGCUAAGCGUGCUGAAGCCGGAGGAUUACUGCUUUAACCAAACAGACAGUGAAGUAGAGGAUGCAGAGUUUAUAGAGACGAUGGGAAUCACACCUGAUACUCUGCAGGAGCUGAAAACUAUCUGCAGCCCUGAAUCUCUUCGCUGUCAUCCUGCAGAUGAAGAUCCUGAUCCUGACGACAUUCCAGCAGACACUCAGCUCGCCACCUUAAAACUGAGGAAGAAGAGACUGGACUAUAAAAAGAGUCUCUCACGGGACGGUGUGGGACGUCACGACGCGUAUGCUAAUGAACUGGAAAUGCUCACGCUGGGCAGGAGAACCGAAGACACCACAGACAUCAUUCCUGAGGGCGAAAUCGUCCUCACCUUCAACGUCAUCUAUCCUAUCCUGUUUAAGCGAUUUAAACACGUGAGGGCGUAUCAGACGCUGCAUAUUCUGGGCUCACAGAACCUCACUGAGCUCAGAGACUCCAUCUGCUGUGUGAGUGACCUGCAAGUGUUUGGAGAGUUCAGUAACACACCUGAUAUGGUGCCACAAUUCAUCAGCAAGGAUCACUACAAAUCUGCGUUCUUCUACUUCGAGGGAAUUUUCUACAACGACAUGCGCUUCCCAGAGUGUCGUGAUAUCAGCAAGGUGACACGUGAUUGGGCCAAAACCCGGAGAGAAUUCCCUGAGUUUAAAACGGCGAAGAUGGAGGAGACGACGUUCAGUGACCUGAGGAUGAAGGUGGGAUAUCCGUAUCUGUACUGCCAUCAGGGAGACUGUGAACAUGUCCUCAUCCUCACAGACGUCAGGAUGGUCCAUAGGGACGACUGCUUAGACAGGAAGUUGUAUCCACUGCUGUCACACAAGCACAGGGUCGUGACUCGGAAAUGCUGCGUGUGUCACCUGUACAUCAGCAGGUGGAUAACGACGAACGACGCUCUGGCUCCAUCAGACCCGUGUCUGUACUGUGAUCAGUGUUUCCGUCUGCUGCACUACGACCAACACGGCAACAAGCUGGGAGACUUCCAGGCCUACGCUUAUGUCGACCCCGGAGCGUUUAACUGAACACACACACACACACACACACACACACACUUUUUUUCUGUAUAAAUAUGUUUACAUGUAAAUGAUCACAGUGUGAAAUUAUUUAUCGAUGUUUAACUUUAGACAUUUAUUUGAAUGUAAACACUGAAGCUGUAAACAACAUGUUUUUGUUCAGCUUUGGAAUAAAGUUAAGUUGUGUAUCACAA